AUGCCCAGUAUCGAUACUUCCAUUCACUCAGCACCAAGCGGUGCCGCUGCUCAGCUGGCAGCUCGCCAUGCAGAGGAGCAACCUCUCAAAUUAUACGGGGGAUGGUUUUGCCCCUUUGUCCAACGGGCUUGGAUCACCCUGGAAGAGAAGAAUAUCCCCCAUCAAUACGUGGAGAUCAAUCCGUACAAGAAGGAACCAGAGUUUCUCAAGCUGAACCCCCGUGGUCUGGUGCCAAUUCUCGCUGUGCCCGUCGAUGCGGCUGGGACGGAGCAGAGGCCGCUCUUUGAAAGCUCCAUCAUCAUCGAGUAUCUCGAAGAUGCAUAUUCGGAUGAGUCCAAGCACGGCCCUCGCCUGCUGCCGUCGGAUCCGUAUCAGAGAGCCAGGGCUCGGCUUUGGAUAGACCACAUCAGCACGAGAAUCAUUCCGGCAUUUUACAAGUUUCUGCAGCACACCCCGGAUAAAGAGUUCACUGCUGAUCAAGCACGAGAAGAGCUUCACGGCCACAUCAAGACCCUUGUGGCGCAGAUGGAUCCCGAGGGUCCUUGGUUCUUGGGAGAGAAUAUCAGCUUGGUGGACAUUAGCUUGAUUCCAUGGGCGAAACGGCUCUUUUUGCUAGAUCACUAUAAGCCAGGCGGGCUCCAGAUACCACAGGAAGGAGGCGAAAAUAACGUGUGGACAAGAUGGAGCUCGUGGACGACGGCUGUUGAGAAUCGUGAAAGUGUGAAGAAUACUUGGAGCGAGAAAGAGAAGUAUAUCGACGUCUACAAGAGAUAUGCAGACGAUACAACAAAUUCGCUGGUGGGACAGGCAACGAGGAAGGGCACAAGGCUUCCCUGA